AUGAAGCUCUUGAUCACAAGAGAGAUGGGUCAGGACCAGACAAAGCAGCAGAUAGAAAAAGGACUCCAACUGUACCAGUCCAACCAGACAGAAAAGGCCCUGCAAGUCUGGCUGAGGGUUUUGGAAAAGACCACAGAUGCUGCUGGCAGAUUCCGAGUUCUGGGAUGUCUCAUCACUGCUCACUCAGAGAUGGGCAGGUACAAAGAUAUGCUAAAGUUUGCAGUUGUACAGAUUGACACAGCCCGGGAGCUGGAAGACCCCGACUACCUUACAGAGAGCUACCUGAAUCUGGCACGGAGUAACGAGAAGCUGUGUGAAUUCCAAAAAACAAUCUCCUAUUGUAAAACAUGCCUGAACAUGCAAGGUACCACCGUGAGCAUGCAGCUGAAUGGCCAGGUCAGCCUCAGCAUGGGCAAUGCCUACUUUGGCCUCAGUAUCUUCCAAAAGGCACUGGAGUGUUUCGAAAAAGCCUUGCGCUAUGCACACAACAAUGAUGACAAGAUGCUCGAGUGUCGUGUCUGUUGCAGCUUAGGAAAUUUCUACACACACCUCAAGGACUAUGAGAAAGCCCUGUUUUUUCCAUGCAAGGCAGCUGAGUUGGUGAAUGAUUAUGGAAAGGGCUGGAGUCUAAAGUAUCGUGCAAUGAGUCAGUACUACAUGGCGGUAGCCUACCGGAAGCUGGGACACUUGGCAGAUGCAAUGGAAUGCUGUGAGGAGUCAAUGAAGAUUGCCCUUCAGCAUGGAGAUCGUCCUUUGCAAGCACAAUGUCUGCUCUGCUUUGCUGAUAUCCAUCGCAGUCGUAAGGAUGUACAGACAGCUUUCCCCCGCUAUGAUUCUUCAAUGAGUAUCAUGACAGAGAUUGGAAACCGUCUGGGACAGAUUCAAGUGCUCCUGGGGGUGGCCAAGUGCUGGGUGAUUCAAAAAGAACCAGACAAGGCAUUGGAAAGCAUUGAAAAAGCCCAUGAGCUGGCAGAAGGACUGGGAAACAAGCUUGGCCUGCUGAAGAUUCACUGCUUGUGUGAAGGGAUCUAUCGCACAAAGGGACAGCAGCGAGAGCUUCGUAACCAUGUGGUGAAAUUUCAUGAAUGUGUUGAAGAAAUGGAGCUUUACUGUGGCAUGUGUGGGGAAUCCAUUGGAGACAAGAACCAUCAACUCCAGGCAUUGCCAUGCUCCCAUGUCUUCCACUUGAAGUGUCUGCAAACCAAUGGGAAACGUGGUUGCCCCAAUUGCCGCCGUGCAUCAGUAAAACCAGGAUUUGUGUGACCUAAGAAAUUCAUGAUUUAAGAGGGCUCAUUUUGAUAGGCACCAAAAAACCAAAAAGCAGGCCACUGGAGCAUUUCUGGCACACAGCUUGGAAACCCACCGUUUGAGUGAAAGGUCUCCCUACAGAAUGGAUGCAACAUGUGGAUCUAGACUUUUGCCAUCUGGUGUUAUCUCACAUCUGGGUUGUGGAUGUCAGCAUGGAGCUUUCUGGCACCUCUUUCCUCAAAGCCAGUUAUCACAAUCCAUUUGUCACUUUUGUUCCUUCAAGAAGCUGCUUAGCACAGACUCCCACAAUCUCAGUUCUCUCAUUCUAGUGAACUGCCACUUCUAGUAGCUUCCACCAGGGCCAGUUCUCAUACCUGCUCACACCUCAUGCCCUGGUUGUUUUAUUCAUUCCUCAUGGGAAAAAAACCAAUUAUCAUGAAAACCCAGUGCUUUUUUCUUGGAUGACACAGCACUGAUUUCUUGUAGCACUACACAGGCAGCAGUCUUUUCCUGCUGUAAAAUACUUGCUCAGCCUUGAGAUUUGGUCUCCUUCUUGGGUGUCUAGCAGCAGUUCCCUGUCCAUGCUCUGGAAAACUGGCAAGAUACCAAUAAUAUAAAAUUAGGUUCUUUAAUGGACUGACUGAGCUUAUCAUUUGUAAGUUCCCCUUCUCCCAGAAUGUUCAUGUAUGCGAUGUGUCCAUCUGUCAUUUGGUAUUGUAAUUCUCCAUGUGCAUGCCUAUGCUUUUGAUGUGCAGUUGUCUUCUAGGGAUCCUUCUUAGAGUAAGGAAUUCCCUUAUCCUGAGAGCCACUCUAUCAAUUCUGCUGCCUUAGAAGAUUCAGUUACUGGAUGGGACUGCAGAGGGACAGUCUUUUUGAAGGUUGGAUGGGGCAUAUCUUGGGAAAGAUUUCUUGUGCUUAUUCCUUUGCCAUGUAUUGUGAUGUAACAUAGGCAGACACAGUGAUGUGCUUGUGGUGUUGUCAACAAUAUAUUUAUACUUUCUGUAAACUAUUUCUACUGGAAUUAAUAAAGUUCCAUUAGUCUA